AUGCCCAUGUUUCUUGUAAACCUGUUCUUGAUUUGUUUGUCGAUUAUAUGUUUCCUGUUCCUGGUUCGAUUGUUUCUCCACCGGACGGCUCUGAUAUAUGUCGUCAGGAGAUGCGUUGAGUGGGUGGAAGACCGAGUUCACGUCCACCAACACUUCAGAGUCCCUGAGUUCAACGAUUCCACCCACCAGGAAAACCUCUUUUACCGCCGCCUUUCCCUCUACCUCAAUUCUUUGCCUUCCUUGGAAGACUCCGAUUUCACCAAUCUCUUCUCUGGGAUUAACCCCAACGACAUCCUUCUCUCACUCGACGACCAUCAACAAGUCCACGAUAUUUUCCUCGGUGCUCGACUUUCAUGGCUAAAUCAAAUCGUCAGAGAUCAUCAGAACCAGAAGAAAAAGGAUAAGCGAAGAAUUCUCAAACCUUAUCUUCAACACAUACACGCCGUCUCCGACGACAUCGAGCAGAGAGGUAAAGAAUUGAGGAUUCACAAUCACAGCAACGGCAAAUGGAAAUCGGUUCCCUUCAAUCACCCCGCCACUUUCGACUCGCUCGUCAUCGACCCCGAUUUGAAAACCAAAAUACGCUCCGAUUUGGAAGCAUUUCUUAAAUCCAAGCAGUAUUACCACAAGCUGGGUCGUGUUUGGAAACGCAGUUAUCUCCUCUACGGCCCUUCCGGCACCGGGAAAUCCAGUUUCAUCGCAGCCACGGCCAAUCUGCUGAAUUACGACGUUUACAACGUCAAUUUGUGGCAAGUGGCCGAUGACGCCGAUCUCAAUGCGAUUCUGCUGAAAACCACGAGUAAAUCUGUGAUCGUCGUCGAGGAUUUGGAUCGCUAUGUUUUGGAGAAAUCGAGGGCGCGGAUUACGUCAUCGGGUUUGCUGAAUUUCAUGGACGGGAUAUUGAAUUCUCAGGAUGAGAGGCUUAUGAUUUUCACGAUGAACAGUAAAGAUGGAGUCGAUCCAGACUUGCUGCGGCCUGGAAGAAUUGAUAUGCACAUUCAUUUUCCUAUGUGUGAUUUCAACUCUUUCAAGAAUCUGGCCAAUAAUUAUCUAGGAGUUAAGGAGCAUAAGUUAUUUCCACAAGUAGAGGAGAUUAUUCAAAGCGGAGCGAGGAUGAGUCCGGCAGAGAUCAGCGAGUUGAUGUUAGUGAAUCGGAGCUCGCCGAGCCGUGCGCUGAAAUCAGUGAUCUCCGCUUUACAAUCCAACAGUAAACAUGUGGGAAAGGUGGGAGGGAGGAUGAGCGAGAGCACGGCACCGUCGCCAGCGAUGUCGGAGGAGUCUGGUGGCGUUGAUUGGAAGGAGACAGUAGUGCCGAAGGAGUUUCGAAAGUUGUAUGGACUGUUAAGAUUAAAGAGCUGCAGGAGAGCAGGAUCUUUGGAUCAUGAUUCCGAAAUCAGUGAACGAUGAUAGAUAUUAUAUAUUCUGUGUGUGUGUUUUUCAUUGAAAUGAAAAUUAAUUUUACAUGUAAAUAUAGUGAAAAUUAAUUUCAUUUAUUGUGAUAUUCUUCUUC